AUGACCGAUACAAAGAAAUUUGCGCCCCUGAGCUUGAAAGAAGCAAAUUGGGACACCUGGUCCUUCUGCAUGGAGAUGCUGCUCCAAAAGCAAAAUCUCUGGGAUGUAGUUGAUGGUACCGAAGCAAUGCCUGCAGGGAGCCAGAACUCAAAACCGGUGAAAGUGUUCACCCGAAAAAGGAAAGAGGCAAUUAUAACCAUUUGGAAGAAGUUAAAGGAUGUAAUGGGAGCCCAUGGCUUGGGCGCCCGUAUGGCACUUCGACGCAAAUUUAGGAUGUUGAAGAUGAGUAUCGGAACUGAGACGAUGAGGGAAUGGAUAUCCCGAGUCGAAGAACUGGUACGAAAAAUGCGAAAUCAGAAAAUCAAUGUCGAUGACAUGGAUGUCGUUGUGGCACUCACCGACUCUCUACCUGCAAGCUACGCAGCCCUAUCUGUCUGGCUUGACGGUGUGCCCGAAGAUGAAUUGACUAUCGACCUCGUCAUUCGCCACCUGUUGAACGAAGAGAUGCGCCAGUCUCAUAUGAACGAGGUAGAACUGGACCACAAACUCGCUUUUGCAGCAUACAACAAGAAGAAGGCAAAGCCUAUCAAGGAGAUCACUUGCUGGAACUGUAAACAAAAGGGUCAUUAUCAGUUGUCCUGCACUGAAAAGUCCACGAACACGAACGAAGGGAAAAAGAAAACUGCAGUCCUAGGGCCUCCUAGAGCAGGUCACUAUGGGAAAGCUACUGCAGUCUAG